AAUUUUCUUGAAACAUACCAUUACUCUUAAAUAAAUUAUUUAGAUAUUGGUCUAAGGAAUUGAAUGAGCUUUGAAUUUUAAUAUAAUAUAUCAACAGUAAAUAUUUUAAUAUUAUAUUAAUUAUGGCUGUACGUAUUGCUAAUAAAAUUUUACAACAAUCUAAGUAUCUCGGGUUCACUAAAGUUGCAACACAAUCACUUGGUAUACCUAAAUACAUUAUUGGAAAAGUACGGUUUCAAAGCACAGAAGUUCCAGUGGAAGCAAAAUUGACUGUUAGACAAGUGAAUGAAGUAGUGAAACAAAAUUUAGUUGAUUUUGGAAAAUAUAUUGCCGAGUGCUUACCAAAAUAUGUUCAAAAAGUUCAAAUAGCAACAGGAGAUGAAUUAGAAGUGCUUAUUGCACCAGAAGGUGUUGUACCUGUUUUGCAAUUUUUAAAGGAUCAUCAUAAUUGUCAAUUCGCUAACUUGUCAGAUAUCUGUGCUGUUGAUAUUCCACAGCGACAAAAUAGAUUUGAGAUAGUAUAUAACUUACUUUCUGUUCGCUACAAUGCAAGAAUACGAGUAAAAACAUACACUGAUGAAUUAACUCCUGUAGAUUCUGCUACAGCUAUUUAUGAAGGAGCCAACUGGUACGAAAGAGAAAUAUGGGAUAUGUAUGGUGUAUUUUUCAGCAACCACCCAGAUUUAAGAAGAAUUUUAACAGAUUAUGGUUUUGAAGGUCAUCCAUUCCGUAAAGAUUUCCCAUUGUCUGGUUAUGUUGAAGUAAGGUAUGACGAUGAAAAACAAAGAGUUGUUGUAGAACCAUUAGAAAUGACACAAGAAUUUAGACGUUUCGAAUUAUCCACGCCAUGGGAACAAUUUCCAAACUUUAGAAAUGCUCCUCCUCCAGUUGAAGAAGUUCCAUUGGAAAAAGGGCAAAAAUAGUUACAAUUUACAGCCAAAAAAUUUGUCAGCAACCUCUACAAUAGGCAAUCCAAUUUCUUUCUUUAGUACAGAUCGUAUAGUUUCUACCUGUUAAUCAAUUAUCAAGAGAUGUCAUGUUUUAUUUCAUUUUAUUAUUUGUAAGCAUUUUAUGAAAGAAUGUAAAAUAAAUAAAUUAUUUUGAAAAUAAAAUUAUUAGCAUGUUUGAUUAGCAAC